UAUACAAACAGCAGCACCGUGCAAAAGUUUGGUGCGAGAAGCUACAAAUAUAUAGUUUUACAACUUUCUCGAGAAUUACUAUUUUUGUUGUUUUUGUGCAACUGAUUCUUCUUCACAAGGGAUAAGCUAUGUACAGUAGCUCUAACGUUUUUCAUAGUGAGAUUACUUCUCAACUGAAAUGAGCACAUUUAGUAUUUGUCUCAUCAUCCCUUCUGAGUUAGCUACUACUACCAGCUAAGCUAGCAACCGUAGCCCGCAUAUGAUAUAGCCAUAGGAAACAAAUUGAUCGCUGAAUCUAAGUGAGAGUUGGACUUGCAAGGUAGUUGCUACCUAAUGAAAUGGCAUACCCAAGACAUAAUCCUGAUAUUUUUCGCUGGAAGAGAUUCACAAAAAGUAAUAUACCAGCUUCAGGAAAGGUGCAGUUGAGUAUUGGUGAUAUAGACCAUUGGAUGAAGAGAGUGGAAAUGGCCUCGGAGUUUGCUGUGUCAGAGGUUUUCUCCCUCAAGAAAGCGCCCUCAGGAAUAAGCAGCCAGGCAACGGCACUAGCCAGCACAGACCAGCUGCAGGACCACGAUGAAGCGUACACCGAAGCCCAGGCUCUGCUGAGUGACUGGAUGAACAAGAAGUUGUGUCUGGAGAUGGAAGGGGAGGAUGACCAUGUCGGUCCUGGUGAGAGGAGCAGUCCUCCAGCUGUGCUCCCUGCUCAACCUGCUCAUCUGGACUACAGCAAUUUCGACGAUUUAUACUCCCACCUGGUUGAGGAGGAGGACAGCUGUGCAGUCAACAACUUCCUUCAGGACCUCAUGGAGCGGGAAGUGUUGGAUUCUGGGACAGUGGAGGACCUGUCGCUGGACUCUGAGCGAGAGAAGAAGAGGGUCAGAGACCCCUCCAUCACCAUGGAGGCUCGACACAGGCAGGUGCGUGAGAACCGCGCUCAGCGAGAUGCGCUGAGGGAGAGGCAGAGGAGAGACAAGGAGAUGAGGAGGGAGGCCAGAGAGGAGGCUCAGAGGAGGGAGAAGGAGGAGGAGCGCAGGAGGAGGCAGGAGGCCCGGCGGCAGGAGGAGAUGGUGGAGCAGGAGAUGGUGCGACUACGUCGGCAGAUGGAGGAGAGAAGGAGCCUGGAACAGCUGGUCAGACAGAGGGACAGGGCGAGACUGGACAGAAGGAGGGCAGACCAGACGCCCCUGGUGCCACAGUCCGGGUCUGGUCUCCCUGCAGCCCCGCAGCAACAGGACAGAGAGAGACUGCAUGGACAACAACAGGCAGAGGCCAGGGUCCAGAUACUAAACCUGAAGUGUUUGCAGAUGCACUUCUCUGCGUGGUACUCUGUACUUCUGGAAAGGAGGGUCUGCAUGGGGAAGGCUGCGGCGCUCUGUGAUUGGAGGAGACAGCUCAGGACAUGGCGCGCCUGGCGGGCGCUGGUGUGGGCGGGGCGGGAACAGCGGGAGGCGGAGAAAACUCAGGAGGAGCUCCGAACUGAAAACAGAAACUGCCAGAUGGCGAGGGAAAGCGAUCGCAGGCGGUUGCUCCGACGAUGCCUGGAUGAUUGGCGGCUGUGGUGCCGUGCGGAAGGGGAACGCCGAGAGCUCCUAGCCCAGCAGGAGGAGACUCGACACAAGAUGGCCGCCCUGAUAUGCGCCACGGCAACGGGGAAACUCUCCAUGGUUCCUGCAGCCAGUGAGCCAAUCACAGUCAGGCCUGAGCCAUCUGUGCAAUCAGAGCCCUCCCAAGAGAAAGGUCAACAGGGGUCACCGACCGUAGCCCCCGCCCGCUCUCCUGGUUGUCACGGCGAUGUCCCCCCCCCCACCCUGGCCUGGCAGGUGACGCGUCGCCACGCGGAGCUGACCCCCGGGGAGCUCCGCCGUACGCAGCAGAGGGGGAAGGAGGGCGCGGCCGGCGCCCCCCGGAGUCGGAGCACGGAACUGCGAGGCGGCAGGUUCCACCAUCGCCACGCCAACCAGCAGCACACCAUCCAGGAGCAGAGGAGGCUGCUGCGGGAGCAAGGGGAGCAGAUCGCCAGACUGCAGGAGGAGAAGAGCAUGCUGGGACUGAAGCGGGAGGUCCAGACAGCCGCGCAGGCGCUCCCUGCGCUCUCUGACCCCGAGGAGCCGAGGGUAAAUCCUGUUUCUCUCUGUUCCGGAGCUUGCGGCAUCUCGAGGGACCACGCCGGCCUCUGUUUGCCCCGCAAGAAACCACCUGUCCGUCAUCCUGGCCCGCGUCUGGCCGUCAUGGCGAUGGAAGAGCGGGCUCGUCUGCGCGCCGAACGCAGGAGGGAGGUGGAGGAGAGGAAAAGAAAAAGGGAGGAAGAGAGACUGGCCCAGAUGAAGGCAGCACAGGACGAGAGACAGAAGGAGGAGGAGGAGGAGAAAGGCCGUGCGGUGGAGAGGAGGAGGGAGGAGAGGAGGCGGGAGAGAGAGAGGGAACAGGAGAAACAGAGGCGUUUGGAGUUGGAACACCAACUUCAGGUAGAUGCCCAGCAGCACUACCGCAGAACCCUGUUACUACGGCGAGGCCUGGCGCCAUGGAAACGCCUCGUCAGCCUCGGCCGAGACAAAGCACAGCUGGCAGGGAGCCAUCACGGGCACGCUCUCUUGAGACAGUGCAUCCUGUCCUGGCAGCAGGUCGCAGGCGAGGCCCAGGCUCAGAAACGGGCCUCUGCUGACCAACUGCAUCAGCACAUUAUGCUACGCAGGAGCCUGUGCAGCUGGAAGAGGCUAAAGGACCAGCGUGGGAUCCUGGCGGGUCGGGCGGAACGUUUCCACCACACACACACUCUGAGGAAGGUUCUGACACUGCUGCUGGAUCAUGUGACCCGGGAGAGGAUGAGGGACUGGGACCAGCAGCAGCAGGCUGACCAGCACAGUGACAGACGAUCGCUGCGGAGCUGCUUCCAGGCCUGGCGGAGGUUUCCACGGCAGCAGCGUGAGGAGCGAGAGAAGGAGUUCCGCCGGCAGAAGCUGAGAUGCCGGGUGGCCGAGGUCCUCCCUGACUUCCACUGCUCCCCUCUGCAGAGCCUCUGGGAGCCCCCCACCUGACAGGACCCACAACCACGUACACACACUCACACACACUCACACACUCACACACUCUCACACACUCACACACUGUCACUCACUCACACACUCUCACUCACUCACACUCUCACACACUGUCACUCACUCACACACUCACACACACUCACACACUCACACACUCUCACACUCACACACUGUCACUCACUCACACACUCACACACUCACACACUGUCACACACUCUCACACUCACACACUCACACACACUCACACACUCACACACUCACACACUCACACACUGUCACUCACUCACACACUCACACACUCACACACUGUCACUCAGUCACACUCUCACUCACUCACACUCUCACACUCUCACACACUCACACACUCUCACUCACACACUCACACACUCACACACUGUCACUCACACACUGUCACUCACUCACACUCUCACUCACACACUCACACACUGUCACUCACUCACACACUCUCACUCACUCACACACUGUCACUCACUCACACACUCUCACUCACUCACACACUGUCACUCACUCACACACACUCACUCACUCACACACUCUCACUCACUCACACACACUCACUCACACUCUCACUCACACUCUCACUCUCUCACUCACUCACACACACUCACUCACACUCUCACUCACACUCUCACUCACUCACUCACACACUCUCACUCACUCACACACACUCACUCACACUCUCACUCACUCACACACUCUCACACUCAGCCUGCUGCUGUAAUGAGCAGGGCACAGACCAACCCCUGCUUUUAAAUUUUUCCAUCACUUUAAAUAAAGUAUAAAGUUAUAAAGUGUAGCAUUGUAAAGCAGUCUUG